AUGGAGGAAGCAGGGAAGCAUGGAAGGACGAUGCCGGACGCGCGAGCCUACCCGGUCCUGGCAGACUGGGAGCUGGAGGCAGCCUGGUGGGCGACCCAGAUGGAGCUCCAAAACCGGAGGUUGCCCUGCAUCGAGGUUUGCCGCCUGAUGAUACUCGAAGUCACGCGGAUGUACAGACAAGAGAAGAAUGUUGUGAACGUUUCGCCACCCGAUGUUGGUGCGAGGAUAGUCGUGGUAGGAGACCUCCACGGCCACUUCUCUGACCUGGCCCAUAUCCUGCGGGAGAAUGGCGAGCCGCAGAGCGGACCUGGGGGGGUCAAGUACAUUUUCAACGGGGACUUUGUGGAUCGAGGAGCCUGGGGACCUGAGGUCCUGCUCGCCAUCUACUGCCUCAAGUGUAAGAGCCCAGAUUGCAUCUUUCUGAACCGGGGGAACCAUGAGGACCAGCAGCAAAAUCUGAAGCCAGACAAUGGCUUCGUCCACUCGCACUGCAUCCGCGCCUUUGGAGCUGACGCGCAGAGAAUGUACUCCCUGUGCAAGGCAAGCUUCAAGGUGCUUCCUCUUUGCCACGUCAUCGGCAAGGAGAUUGCCGUCAUCCACGGGGGGCUGCCGCUGGACCCGCAAAUUCGACUUGCUGACAUCGAUGCCAUCGACCGUCGCCGGGCAGUCCCUGUGGCCCUUUGUGGCGUGCUGGGCUACCCGCGUUUCCAGAAAGUCGUAUCCAAGAGGAUCCUCAUCACUGGAGACGGCGAGGAGGUCCCUGCAGGCAAGAAGGGCAAACUCUUGGAGCGGGUUGGCAAGACCCGACACGCGGUCGUGAAAUUCCCAGGCUAUGAGGAGGAAGUCUUGGUCCAACUGGCAGGCUGUCCUGAACACGAGCAGGCGGCGUGA